CUUUCUUUUCCUCUCAGUUCUCCCUGUGCCGGAUGAAGCGGAUAAAACGGCAACCAUCUAAUAGUGUCUGAGUCUUCAAAUCCAACAUAGACUCUCUCUCCGUUUUCAUUAUAGCUUCUAUCACAAGUUUCCAGUUUCCAUUUCUUCUCCUUCGUACGAGUCCUUCCCAUGCGUUCCAUGCUUCGAUUCUGUUACACUCUUGAAGAGCUAUCGAAGAUGUUGCAGGUCUCCAGUAUGCAUACAGAAGAUGGAAGAUACUCCUUGAACGGGAUCACAAAGGCACCUCGGACUGUUUUCUAAAGCUCUGCUGGGAGAAUUGUUACUAUUUUGAACGCUUACAGAGAAUGGCAGCUGGUCAGCAGAAAAGGCGAUUGAAUGCAACCAGUGUUGUGAGUACCUAUUUGCAGGAGCAGUAUAGAGCAAGAAAGAGGAAGAAUCUGGAGCCAAUACAAAAUGUGCUGAAGAUAAACUCUCAUAUUGUUCUCAAGUGUGAUGAAAAUCAAGUUAAUCCUAUUGCCAGGAGGGAACAGGUUGGGAUAGCUUGGAGAGACUUGGAUCCUUUUAUUGAGUCUGCUCCUCAUCGUUACACACCCUUAGCAGAUGUUCUUUCUCUUCCUCCGGAAAUUUUUGAGUUAGAGAAUCUGACAAAGGUGCUUUCGUAUGAGGUUUGGGAGACAUCUCUAUCAGAAUUAGAGAGAAAUUUUCUCACUCAGUUUCUUCCUCAAGGGACAGAUCGGGAGCAAGUUGUGCACACCUUGCUUGUGGGGGAAAACUUUCACUUUGGAAAUCCUUUCCUAAAGUGGGGUGCUACGAUUUGUUCUGGCAAUCUUCACCCAGAUGCUGUUCUUCACCAGGAACAUUGUUUCAAGGCCAAUAAGAGAGCUUACCACUUGGAGUUACAGAAAUAUCAUGAUGAUAUUCUGGAAAAUCUGCUGAAGUUGAAGGAGAGAUGGACUAGCAGCAAGGAUCCUGAAAAGCAUAUUGUUCAGAAGACAUGGAGGUCAUCAAGAAAGCAUGAAGAGAACGGUGUUUCCUCACAUACAAAUGAUUCUAGACCAUGCGAUCCAGAGGAGAAUCUGGCAACUAUUGGUGAAUCUUGGUCUUGGGUUACAGAGGAGAAAGUAUGUACUAGUACUAAACAAAACAUAUCAAUGAAGCGAAAUGAAGAACCACAAGAAAGGAAAGGAUUUAUCAGGGACAGGCGCGGAAAUUCAUUGGCUGUUAUAGAGAAACCAAAGGUCAUAGAAAAUUCCAAGGAAGAAAAAUCACACACACUUAACAUCCAAUCUGGUGAUGGUGCCAAGUAUAUGUCUUAUUUCAAGAUCAGCAGGAAGCAGCAUCAACUUGUCAAGAGGAUGAAGCAAUCUGGCGAUGGAAUUCAAUCCAAGUCUCUUAAUCAUGUCUUGGGUAACAUCAAGAGUUUCCAUGUACAACCAUACGAAACAUUUGAGGAAGAAGAAAGGAAGAAGUUGCAUGACUUCUGGUUGCAAUUGGCAAACAGAGAUCUCCCAGCAGCUUUCUUAGACUGGAAAGAGAGACAGUUGAAGCAGCAGCAGUGGAGGUGUUCCUUGGAGCAAGAGCUGAUAGGAAAGAAAAAACGUUUACUGGAAGAGGAAGAGGAGAAAAAUUACUAUGAUAGCAUGGUUGAUAAACAAAUAGGAAAUGAAGAAACAGAAAAUGAACCUACUAUGGAUAUACAGAGCCCUGAAGAUAAUGAUUUGUCUGUUCCUCAAUCAGCACACUAUCAGCAUGUGGAACGAAUCCCUUCACUUAAUGGUCACAAACUUGAUCCCAUGGAGACAGAGUCUGAAGAGGACAGUAGAGAAAUUUUGAAACCUGAAGGUGCCCCUCCAGAUCUGUCGGAGUUUUUAGGAAAUAUGAACCCUGCAGAGGAUGCUGUUUUGCGUGAAGUUGAGGUGUCUUCUGCUAAAUAUGUAUGGCCAGUGGGUGGCCCUUCAGAUUUGCACUGCCACUCUAAUACUGUGAGCCUUGGAUAUCCAUUUGCUGGUGAAUUGUCACUCCGACAACCAAAGCCUAUGGAAGAGCGGGCUACUGGCGUGAUUGAUCUGGAAUCUGACAUGGCUGAGCAAGAUGCCGAGGAAGCUUCACAGUGUGGAUCAUCCAAUUUUGUGGGACCAGCUUUACAUAUGAGCAAUGGUGGGUCGUUUAUCAAUUCUUACACAAACCAAGAUUGCAAUGAGCUACUCCAACCAAUUUUCAAGGGCCAGGGAUACUUACCAUCUUACACUCAUGAGCACAGACAACCAACGUUACAAUUUUUGGCAACAAAUGAUGGAGCACUGGAAACUGGUCAUUUUCCUAGGUAUUUCCAGCAGCAGCAGCAGCAACAACAGCUGUUGGAGCAGAGGGAGAUGAGAGAGAAAGAGCUUUACAUGCAACAGGUCAUCCAGAAGAGCAUGCAUUACAGUGGAAAUAGAUACCUUCCUCCAAGCCGAGAACUUCUCUCCCCGGUCCGUGUGCAGGAUUGGGUCAUUGAUCCCAUACGCAUAUCAAAUCCCAUCCAGUCUCACUUGGCUGGUGAGGGAUUGUUGGGACAGAAUUGGUUUCAGGAUGAGCAUCAGACCCAUGGUGGCUGGUCUGGUGCGGAUGUUACUACCUCCCCAGGCUUGUGCCUGGGAAAUGGAAGCAGUGCAGAUGAGAGCCUUUUUAGUGUUCUUUCCCAGUGCAACAAAUUACAGUCCCGUUCUUACAGUGAGAUGAGGCUCACAGAGCAGUAUACUCCUGGAAGGGACUUUAUGGGUGGGGGAAUUAGGGCAAGCAGUGAUGUUUUCCCACAAAUGGCUCACCAAUUCAACUACUUGAGUAGUCAUGAAGCAGCUGCUACUGCUGCACUGAGAGUAAACAAUAUGUCGUGGAUGAAUACACAAGGUCAGAGUGCUGGUAUAGAUGAUUCAGUCCGAAAAUCAUCAUUUUUUAAGUCUUGAGAUCAAUAGUGAGGAUCCAAUGUACCCCUAAUUCGGGGGUUGCCAGUGUGUGAAUGUGGUUCAACCCAACAUAAGCAAAGAUGAACAACGAUGCGAGGGCAAGCAGUAGAGAGCUUCUUGUGUAGCCCAUCAUUUGGGUUUCAAACAAUGACAGGGAAUACUAGAAAGCAAGCAUCCCUGUGGCUCUGUAACUGAUCCUUCUUUGGGAGAGGGUGAAGCAAAGAGUGGUUGAGAAGCUGAGAAGAUGUAAAGCAUGGACGGCAAGGUUUUGUACAUAUUUAUAGAAGUCAGCCCAACUCCGUGUACAUAUUUAGAGGGCGGGGCUGGGGAAAAGUUCUGGCCAUGAUGGAAGGAAUAAAGGCAAUCUCUAUC